GCGGCGGCGGCGGCGGCGGCUCUAGAGCCGGAAGGUAAACGGCCUCUGCUGCCGGCGGCCGGACGCCUCCGGGGUCAUGUCGGCCCAGGGUGACUGCGAGUUCCUGGUGCAGCGAGCCCGGGAGCUGGUGCAGCAGGACCUGUGGGCCGCCAAAGCGUGGCUCAUCACGGCCCGCAGCCUCUACCCCGCCGACUUCAACAUCCAGUACGAGAUGUACACCAUCGAGCGGAACGCCGAGAGGACUGCCACCGCCGGGAGAUUGCUCUACGACAUGUUUGUGAAUUUCCCUGACCAGCCAGUGGUAUGGAGAGAAAUCAGCAUUAUUACAUCAGCACUGAGGAACGAUUCACAGGAUAAACAAACCCAAUUUUUAAGAAGUUUAUUUGAAACUCUCCCUGGUCGAGUCCAGUGCGAAAUGUUACUAAAGGUUACGGAACAAUGCUUCAACACAUUGGAACGAUCAGAAAUGUUGCUUCUACUUUUGAGACGCUUCCCUGAAACAGUGGUGCAGCAUGGGGUCGGCCUUGGGGAAGCAUUAUUAGAGGCUGAAACUAUUGAAGAACAAGAAUCUCCUGUUAACUGCUUUAGAAAAUUAUUUGUUUGUGAUGUCCUUCCUCUAAUAAUUAACAACCAUGAUGUUCGAUUGCCUGCCAAUUUAUUAUAUAAGUACUUAAACAAAGCAGCUGAAUUUUAUAUCAAUUAUGUCACUAGAUCUACUCAAAUAGAGAGUCAGCAUCAAGGUACCCAGGAAGCAUCUGAUUUAAUGUCACCUAGCAAACGGAGCUCUCAGAAGUAUAUAAUAGAAGGGCUGACUGAAAAAUCGUCCCAGAUUGUGGACCCUUGGGAGAGGUUGUUUAAGAUUUUAAAUGUUGUUGGAAUGCGAUGUGAAUGGCAGAUGGACAAAGGAAGACGAAGCUAUGGUGAUAUUUUACACAGAAUGAAAGAUCUCUGCAGAUACAUGAACAAUUUUGAUAACGAAGCUCAUGCAAAGUAUAAAAACCAAGUGGUUUAUUCCACUAUGUUGGUCUUCUUUAAGAAUGCAUUCCAGUAUGUCAACAGCAUACAACCAUCUCUAUUCCAAGGUCCUAAUGCCCCAAGCCAAGUGCCACUGGUUCUUCUUGAGGAUGUGUCAAAUGUGUAUGGUGAUGUAGAAAUUGAUCGUAACAAACAUAUACAUAAAAAGAGGAAACUAGCUGAGGGAAGAGAGAAAACCAUGCAGAGUUCAGACGACGAAGACUGUUCGGCAAAAGGCAGGAAUCGUCACAUCAUAGUCAAUAAAGCUGAGCUUGCUAACUCCAUCGAAGUGCUGGAUAGCUUUAAGCUAGCCAGGGAGAGCUGGGAGUUGCUCUACUCCCUGGAAUUCCUUGACAAGGAAUUUACAAGAAUUUGUUUGGCAUGGAAGACAGAUACUUGGCUUUGGUUAAGAAUCUUCCUCACCGAUAUGAUCAUCUAUCAGAUGACAUGUGAAAAAGUCCUUGAUUUGAUGUGCUACAUGGUACUCCCCAUUCAAGAUGGAAGCAAAUCACAAGAAGAACCCUCAAAAAUAAAGCCCAAAUUUAGAAAAGGUUCAGAUCUGAAGCUGCUGCCUUGUACCAGCAAGGCUAUCAUGCCGUACUGCCUGCACUUAAUGCUGGCUUGUUUUAAGCUCCGAGCUUUCACAGACAGCAGGGACGACAUGGCCCUGGGGCAUGUGAUUGUCUUGCUUCAGCAAGAGUGGCCGCGGGGAGAGAAUCUUUUCUUGAAAGCCGUCAAUAAGAUUUGCCAACAAGGAAAUUUUCAAUAUGAGAAUUUUUUCAAUUAUGUUACAAAUAUCGAUAUGCUGGAGGAAUUCGCCUACUUAAGAACUCAGGAAGGUGGGAAAAUUCAUCUGGAAUUGCUACCCAAUCAAGGAAUGCUGAUCAAGCCUUCUAGCCCUCCCAUGGGGUUACUGCAGCAGGAAUUCUUACCUGUGCUUCAGCCCAGCAUACAGACUGCUGACAGGUACCAAGUGGAAACACACCUGCUCAUAGUGUGCCGUUUUGUCAACAUGUUGUGCCGCCCAUGGUCUUCAGCUCUUCGUUCCUCAGCGCUCUUUUUCAUGCUUUUUUUAUUUCUUUAAUUUGUUCUGCAUUCCUUGGCAAAACCAUCUGGUUGUAAUAUUGUCACAUUUCUUAUUUUUCUUCCAUAAGUUGCCAGUGUUUUUUGUGUUCAAUUUAAAAAUCAUUAUGGAUCUGGAAAACAAAGAUCUAAAACUGUGCUAGGUGAAGUGCCCAUUAGGGUCAGGCCCCUAGACUUCGAUUUAUUUGAUAAAACACAAGGCAUUCAGUCUUACAGACUGAAGAAUGCCGAAGCCCAUCUGAAGUAAAUUUUCAUCAUGGAUUUUUUAAUUAGGGACCAGUGUUGAUGUUGUGGUCUAACCAGGCCUUAGCACAACAUUUUCCUACCACUGACACUGAGUUUUCUGAAACUGAAAAUAUUUGGUAUCCUGCAUGUGCCAGCCAAUGUCUCCUGCCUGUGAACCACAGAAUAACUAAUAGUCUUCUUCAUCCAGACUCCCCAGAGGGAUAGAGACCGGAUAGGAAUGAGACAAGUACAGUGGACUUGUACUGCCUUAUGUAUAGAAGCAUUACCAUUGAACCAUGAUCAAUAGGACAGACAUUGUAUUCUAGGUUUACUAGCACGAAGGGGAGAGUUUGCUUUGACCUUUCAAAGCCUGUUAGCUCACUGCCUGCAAAUAGCAGUAACUUUCGGUUGCUUGAGGGUUGGCUCCCAUGGGGGGUUGCCCUCCAGGACCCAGAAGAACAGAGUCUCAGGACAGCUUAAAUAGGUCUGUGCCUAUUGCCAGUGGGACAGAGUCAUGGCCUCAGCCUCACUGGCACCGGAAUGUUGACAAGGAACUGUGUUUCUGCGCAGGUCUGCUGCUGUUUGGUCGCGCAGUUCUUUCAAAUGCCCGUGGGCAUCAUUAGGCUGUCCCGUAAUCUCUACUAGCCUCACACAGCCUACUUUUGUUUUUCCUUCUGUUGCAUUGCAACUUUUUUACUUCUGUUGUACUUGUUUUAUAUGACGAUACACAAGUUUAAAACAACAACACCAGGAACAUUUUAGAGUGGUUUCAACAGUUUUGUUUUGGCUAACAUGUAAAUAUCUAAUUUUAAAUCUCUGUUACCGCGUCUGAGGGAAGUUAGGCAAUCAAAAUGGGGAAUGGAGGUGUCUACUACUGAUCUAAAGUACUGACCUGGUAGUUAGAGCUUCUUUCCUUUUAACGACCCAUUGAGUUUCGCUGUAUUUUUCUUUUCUUCAUUUUGAUGUCUUUGGUUUUCUGGGAUUUCUUUUGUGGUCUCCUCUUCACAGCUUUCAGGUGUAGCUAGAGCCUCUUCUUGGGCUCCCAUUGACCCUCCCACAGACGUGCACGUCUCCUGACCACGUGGACCAGAUCUGGUCUCUAGCAGGCUCUUGCAGGGCACUGGCUGCUUUUCAGCGAGUCUGCUUCUCUCUCCCCACCCCUGCCAGGCUCUUGUCUUGGGACGGCCAACUCCUCCUGCUGCUUCCCCAACAGACGUUGAGUCUGGAUGGGCUCAGCACUUGGCAGAGCUGUCCUGUUCUUGGUAUUGCCAGGAGACAGAUGCACUUGCAACCCCAGAGGCUGCACACAGGCCCCAGGCCCCAGCUCAGUGUGGUGGCUCCUGGUUCCCCUCCCUGCUCCCACCUCUGCACUCGGCUGGCCUGUCUGGACAUGACCUGUGUGGCCCUGUGGCCUGGACCCCGCUGGCCCACAGUGAACAGAGCUGUGCACAGGUCAGCACAGGGCUGCCUGGUGUCAGGGCUGCAGGAGUUCAGAAGCAGAGUGGCUGGCAUUUACCGGAUGUUUAGAUGUUUGGCCUUUUAUUGAGUGGGGGAAAUGUUGCUCUAGUUCUAUGUCUUUCUGAGAAGGAAUGAGCAGGGGGAUUGUUUGGCUAGGGCUUUUCUUCCUUUUUGAAUUUUUUUACUUGUGCUUAAUGCUCAGACACAUGUUACUUCUGCCCCAGAAACACCGAACGGUGAUGCUGGCACUCAGUGUGGUGUGCGUCUCUUUCCCUGUCGCUGC